UAUCACAACUAACAUGAGUCGCCUAAUGGUAGUCUUAUUAGCAAUAUUUGUAUUACUGGUUUAUGGGUACACUGCCGCCGUAGGAGAUGACAGUGACAAACCCUUGUGUACAACCGUGUUCGGUGACUUUGGCUCUUGCGAUACCUACUUGGACCAGUAUUCAUUCCCGGAUGAGGAUUGCUGCAAAGCGAUGGGGGAGCUCGCGUACUACUCCAACGACGACCAAACUCGCGCCGGUGUCUGUCAGUGUAUCAAGGAUGAAACCAUCGUAGAGGGAGGCAUCGAUGUUUUCACCGUAUUUUACGGUGUUGCUGAAACAUGUGGAACUUCCCUCAACUUGCCAGUGAUUACUGCUACCACCAAUUGUUCUGAGAUUUGAUGGAUAAGAAUUAUAUGAGAUGCUUGUACGAAUUACAAACUGCUAUGGAGACAUGAUGGCAAUUAUACCUAAAAAAAAAUAAUAAAAGAAUAGGGAUAUCACGUAUAUGAUGAUAUACAUUAUGUAAUAAAUUAAUAUUCCGAGUGC